GAGGCGAGGAAGACCGUGGACAGUAGUGGUAUACGCGUCAACGUUAAGGGUGUGUGCAUGAAGCAUCGGCACUGAUAGAGGGAACGAUAUAACGGAGGCGAGGGAGGGAGAGAAAGAGAUAGGAGGGAGAGAGAGAGAGAGAGCAGAGCGAGAUGCUGACAGAUUCCUGAUAGAUGUGCAAAAUGGCGCAAGCAUGUUCGACCCCUGCGAGCCAGCAAUUGUAGCUCGAAACAUGAGGAGCUAACGCAAGCAAGACGUCAUUGUUUUUUCCCACUUGCUUUGCUUUUUUAAUUUCCUGGGCAAAAAAGUAUCAGAUCAUUCUCUAAAGUGAUUUAAAUGGCUACCAGAAGGCGCCACCUCGCUCCAGUCGUACUCGGAAUAUAUCUGAGCGCUUUUGUCGGUGUGUGUGUGGGCGCCGAGCUGUCCUUCACGCUGGAGCCCAGUGACAUCAUCGCGGUCCAGGAGCAGCCCCUCAUGCUUCACUGUCAAGUGGAUGGUAUCCCACCAAUCAGAACGCAGUGGCGCCGCAAUGGCAUGCCCCUCGCCGCUGACCAGAGCUACACCAUGUUCGGCAACGGCUCGCUGCUGAUUGGCCGCUUCCAGAGGACACGCCUGGAUGGCUCGACGGGAUCUAGGGUGACUAAUGCAGUGUGA